AUGCCGGGAGCAACCUGCGGGCGCCGGCCCAUGGCUGCUUACUACAGCAAGCAGCGUAUCGUGGGUGGCAGAGAUGCCCUGCCAGGGGCCUGGCCCUGGAUCGUCAGCAUCCAGCAGAGCUCAGCAGUAGGCACCGUGCACAUAUGCGGAGGGUCCCUCAUCAGCCCACAGUGGGUCCUCACAGCAGCUCACUGCUUCAUCAAGGCCAAGCAUAUCCAGACGUGGUUCGUGCUGCUCGGGGCUACCCGGCUGACUCGGCUGGGCCCUGAGGCUCAGGUGCGCAAGAUUAGGAAGCUAAUUGCUCACCCAUACUACAAUAAGAUCACAGAGGAGAACGACAUUGCCUUGCUGGAACUGGACCGGCCUGUCCAGUGCAACAACUACAUACAGCUUACCUGUGUGCCAGACAAUUUGGUGAGAGUGUCCCAGCUGACAGACUGCUACAUCAGUGGUUGGGGUUCCAGGAAAGCAAAAUCUGCAAGUUCGACUACUGUCCUGCAGGAGGCCAAGGUCCACCUCAUCAGUGUCAACACCUGUAACAGCAGCCAGUGGUAUCAAGGGGACAUCCACACCCACAACCUGUGCGCUGGCUACCCACAGGGUGGCAUCGACAGCUGCCAGGGAGACAGUGGUGGUCCUCUCAUGUGCAAAGAUAACAAUUCUGACUUCUUCUGGCUUGUGGGAGUGACCAGCUGGGGGGAAGGCUGUGGGAGAGCACAACGGCCGGGAAUUUACACCUCCACUCAGCACUUUUACAACUGGAUGGUCGUAUCGAUGGGACUGCGCCUAGCAACACCAACUAACCUAACGCCACGGCCA